GGGCCCGGGCCCUGCUCAGGUGGAGCCGCCGCCGCCGCCGCGCCCGUGACCCCCCCCCGCGGCCCGGGCGGAACCGGGGGGGCCCUGCCCCCACCCGCCGCCAAAUCCCUUCAAGAUGGAUAUCGAAGACUGUAACGGGCGAUCCUACAUCUCUGGUUUCUUAUCCCCCUGGAAGCUGCUCCCCCUUGUGUCGUUGCCCUGGAGGUAGUUGGGAGUUCACCCCUGGAUCUUGGAAGAGCAGGAGAUGGAUGCAUGGAUGGAGCUUCCCUGUAUACCAGCCUGCUGGGAUCAGCUGUGCUGGGAUCACAGCCCCGGAAUCUGCUCUUCCUGGAAGGUGAGCGGCUGCGUGCGCCCUGCCAGCGGCGCGGACCUGCACCCGCAGCCGGGGCUCCAGCGCUGUUUCCAAGGAGUUGGCUGCGAGAACGCUCCGGGCUAUCUGCAGCAAGGCAGUGGGGAUUCCUCCCUGGAGAAGGAAUUCAGCUCAGCCAUCGUGGGGCCCCCCGUGAGCACCCCCAACAGCCAGCACUCGUCCCCGAGCCGCUCGCUCAGUGCCAGCUCCAUCAAGGUGGAGAUGUACAGCGACGAGGAGGGCAGCCGCCUGCUGGCCCCGGACGAGCGCAUGCUGGACAAGGACGACAGCGUCAUCGUGGAGGAUUCCCUCUCGGAGCCCUUGGGCUACUGCGACGGCCCCGGCCAGGAGCCCCAUUCCCCCGGUGGCAUCCGCUUGCCCAAUGGCAAGUUGAAGUGCGACAUCUGCGGCAUGGUCUGCAUCGGCCCCAACGUGCUCAUGGUGCACAAGCGCAGCCACACGGGGGAAAGGCCCUUCCAUUGCAACCAGUGCGGAGCCUCCUUCACCCAGAAGGGAAACCUCCUGCGCCACAUCAAGCUGCACUCCGGAGAGAAGCCCUUCAAGUGUCCCUUCUGCAACUACGCCUGUCGGAGGCGGGAUGCGCUCAGCGGGCACCUCCGGACACACUCCGUCUCCUCCCCUACGGUGGGCAAGCCCUACAAGUGCAACUACUGCGGCCGCAGCUACAAGCAGCAGAGCACGCUGGAGGAGCACAAGGAGCGGUGCCACAGCUACCUGCAGAGCCUGCACCCGGAGCCGCCGGCCCUGGCCAGCCAGGCAGCGGCAGGAGCGGGCGCAGCUCGAGGAAGAAGGGAGGAGCGGCCGCCCCGCGACCGAGGCACCCACGGGGGGAGGAGAUGAGGGAGCUGGAGAUGGUGCCGGAGGCGCUGCUGCAUCCCUCCUCCGAGCGGCCCAGCUUCAUCGACCGCCUGGCCAGCAGCCUCACCAAGAGGAAACGCUCCACGCCCCAGAAGUUCGUGGGGGAGAAGCAGAUGAGGUUCAGCCUCUCGGACCUCCCCUUCGACGUCAACUCCGGCUUCGAGAAGGACGUGGAGAUGGUCUCAGCCCAUCACCCCCUGGACCCUGCCUACGGCGCCCCCCUAUCCCUGCUGGGGGGGGAGCACCUCCGCGGCCUCCGCCUGCCCCCCACAAACUGCAUCUCGGAGGUGACCCCCGUCAUCAGCUCCGUCUACACCCAGCUCCAGGCGCUGCCGGCCCGGCUGGAGCUGCCGGGGGGCCGGGAGGCGGCCGAGGGCCACGAGGACGUGGGCGACGCCGUGCCGGUGCUGUACCGGGGCCGGGAGCACGCCGGGUCCCCCCCCAACGGCUGCGCCGACUCCAGCGACACCGAGAGCAACCACGAGGAGCGGAGCUCGCAGGGGCCCGCGGGGAGCAGCCGCCAGAGCCCAGCUUACGCCAAAGAGGACCCCAAGGUGCCGGAGGGGCCCCCGGCCGCCCGCUCCACCCCGAGCUCUGCCAAAGAAGCGCUGAGGGUGCUCAAUGAGGACGGGGAGCAGCUCCGGGCCUUCAAGUGCGAGCACUGCCGCAUCCUCUUCCUGGACCACGUCAUGUUCACCAUCCACAUGGGCUGCCACGGCUUCAGAGACCCUUUCGAGUGCAACAUCUGUGGCUACCACAGCCAGGACCGGCGCUUUACUCUGUAAAUGUCUAUUUUUGAAGCAGAUGGAUGAAGAACAAACCCUGAGGAUGAUGAGGGUGAGGAUGAUGAUGAUGAUGUGCAAUACCCCGUGUGUCCCCCCCCCACCCCUUUACAUCCCAUUGCUCCCUCCCUUGGGUUUCAGUUGUCUCUCGUUAAUGGCUUUGCUGUUGGCUUGGCUUGGGGGGUUCCAGGCGCUGUUGGACCCCCCCCAGGAGCUUUUGUACCUGUAAGAUAUUGUAAGUACCUCUUUGUGUAACGAGAUCUACUGUAAGUUUUGUACUGUAAUGGCUGAAGGUCUGUUAUAAAUAAACCCGAGUAAUUUAA